AUGCAUGCGUUCCAUUGGAGUGUUUCGUCGCGAGAGCCGGAGAUAGGAGAACGAGUGGAACGAUGUGGAGGGGGACCAGUGGGAGCGUUGGAACGCAUGCAUGCGUUCCAUUGGAGUGUUUCGUCGCGAGAGCCGGAGAUAGGAGAACGAGUGGAACGAUGUGGAGGGGGACCAGUGG